AGCAUGUUCAGAUUGUGAGUGCAUAUCUAACUUUGCAACCACUUCCGGAAUUUAUAACCUCACAAUGGAUGGACAGCAUGUCAAAGUGUAUUGUUCUUUUGAAGGGAAUUUUGCAUGGACGGUUUUCCAGAGAAUGCUGAGCGGAUCGGAGGACUUUAGUAGGCCUUGGGGAGACUAUGUGAAGGGAUUCGGAGAUUUGUCGCAAGAAUUUUGGCUGGGGAGUGAAAUACUUCACUUGUUGACGACCAGUGGGAACAGCGUAUUACGUGUAGACAUGGUGGAUCACUAUGGAAGAACUACUUACGCAGAAUACAGUACCUUCUUGAUUGCAAAUGCCAGCAACAAUUAUACAAUUACAGCACUGGGUUACUCAGGAAACGCAGGUGAUGGCGAAGGAGCCAGUUGGGACACUUGGACCCAAAUUACUAAAUAUUUGAGAAGAUCAGAGAUGAAAGUCAGGAGGAACAAUUCUUAA